GCACAGGAGAGGCUCAGAGACGGAGAAACCAGCAUCAGACCAUCAUAACCUGCAGAGACGAUGGACGCCGCUUACAAGAGAGUGAAUGGAGACUACAGCCCGGAGGAAGAGACAGGAGAGCCGGGCACAGAGAAAAGAAGGAACUCGUAUCUGGAGGAAGACACCAGCAGGAAGGCGGAGGUGAUCACCUGCAUCUUUUCCCUGAAGGAGGAGGUUGGAGCUCUGGCCAAGGCCCUGCGGCUCUUUGAGGAAAAUGGCAUCAAUCUGACACACAUCGAGUCCCGUCCUUCACGGAUGAACAAAGAAGAGUACGAGUUCUUCAUCAGCGUGGAGCCCAGCUGCUCUCAGGCCCUGGAUGAGGUCAUUGACAGCCUCCGCACGCAGAUCAGCGGCCAUGUGCACGAGCUGUCACGCAACAAGCAGAAGGACACGGUGCCAUGGUUCCCGAAGGACAUCCAGGACUUGGACCGCUUCGCCAACCAGAUCCUCAGCUACGGUUCUGAGCUGGAUGCUGAUCACCCGGGCUUCAAAGAUCCGGCCUACAGAGCCCGCAGGAAGGAGUUCGCCGACAUCGCCUACAACUACAGACACGGCCAGGCCAUCCCCAGGGUGGAGUACACAGAGGAGGAGAAGGCCACAUGGGGCGUUGUGUUCAGGGAGCUCAAGGCUCUGUACCCGACUCACGCCUGCCGCGAAUACAACCGGGUUUUCCCUCUGCUGGAGGAAUACUGCGGCUACAAGCCGGACAACAUCCCGCAGCUGGAGGACGUCUCCCGCUUCCUGCAGUCCUGUACUGGUUUUCGUCUCCGCCCAGUAGCCGGUCUGCUCUCGUCCCGAGACUUCCUGGCCGGACUCGCCUUCCGAGUUUUCCAUUCGACGCAGUACAUCCGUCACGGCUCCGAGCCCACAUACACACCCGAGCCGGAUGUUUGCCAUGAACUCCUCGGACACGUUCCUCUGUUUGCUGACCCUCGUUUUGCCCAGUUUUCUCAGGAAAUCGGUCUUGCUUCUCUUGGUGCCCCUGAUGAGUACAUUGAGAAACUCGCCACUGUUUACUGGUUCACCGUCGAAUAUGGCCUCUGCAAGCAAGGCUCCGACAUCAAGGUGUACGGAGCCGGUCUGCUGUCGUCGUUUGGAGAGCUGAAGUACUGCCUAACAGAGAAGCCCGAGCUGAAACCUUUCGACCCGGAGAAGACCAGCCAGCAGAAAUACCCGAUUACUGAGUACCAGCCCGUUUACUUCGUGGCUGAGAGCUUCGAGGACGCCAAGGAGCGAGUGAGGAAGUUCGCCACCACCAUCCCCAGGCCGUUCUCGGUGCGCCACAACGCCUACACCCAAAGCAUCGAGGUCCUCAACAACACCCAGCAGCUCACCAACCUGGCAGAAUGCGUCCACAGUGAGCUGGGGAAGUUGUGCGAAGCCCUGAAGAAACUGGAGUAGCUGCUGAUCCAGUUCAAAUAAAACGAUUCUUCUCAGUUCAGCUCAACAACAAAUAAAGAUUCUGAAUAUUAGGGUAGAAAAUGUCAGAAAUAAUCUGCAGCAUGAAACGUAAACAGGAAGUUGUCAGAAUUAAAGCUGCAUGAAUGUUACUGAAGUUAUUUUUAACAAUAGACGAAUUUGGUAGCCGACAUCUUUUAGUGUUUAGUUGUUGCAUAUAAACUUCUCUUGUAGCACUUUUUGUUUCUCUGAUUUGUUUCUAUGCAUUUUGUAGUGAAGAGAUUUUUCCUGUUUCCACGUUUUAUGUCUCUGACAAAAUGAUUUUAUGCAUUAAAAUGUAAUAAAAAUAAUGGAUAAACAGAUGAAUGGAUGAAUGGAUGGAUGGAUGGAUGGAUGGAUGGAUGGAUGGAUGGAUGGAUGGAUGGAUGGAUGGAUGGAUGGAUGGAUGGAUGGAUGGAUGGAUGGAUGGAUGGAUGAAUGGAUGGAUGGAUGGAUGGAUGGAUGAAUAAACAGAUGGAUGGAUGGAUGGAUAAACAGAUGGAUGGAUGGAUGGAUGAAUAAACAGAUGGAUGGAUGGAUGGAUAAACAGAUGGAUGGAUGGAUGGAUGAAUAAACAGAUGGAUGGAUGGAUGGAUGGAUGAAUAAAUAAUUUCCCGAGGGAGUCUUCCCAGGGAUCAAUAAAGUCAAGUCUAAGUCUAAACAGAUGGAUGGAUGAAUAAACAGAUGGAUGAAUAAACAGAUGGAUGAAUAAACAGAUGGAUGAAUAAACAGAUGGAUGAAUAAACAGAUGGAUGAAUAAACAGA